AUGGUUAUGAAAACGACAGAGAGAAGCUAUUCUGUGGCAGCAGUUGCCUUGGUCAUCGUUAUGGCUUUGUAUCUUGUUGCUCUAUUCUCCACCGUGUCCGACCUUAAGUUGAUUCCUUCGCUAAGUUUGUCUCAAGGCAUGUUUCAACAAACAUGGGAAUCAAUAAAAAUCGACAAGCCUCCACAAGAUACGACUUCAUCAACAAUCAUAUGUGAUCGAUCCGACACUAACUACGAUCUCUGUUCAAUCAACGGCUUAUGUCAUCUCGACAUCAGAAACCAAACCAUCACUCUCAUGGACCCCACUUUUGCCGCAUCAGCACCGAUUGUUGAGAAGAUCAGACCAUACCCAAGAAAGGCAGAUAACUGGAUCAUGUCCAAAAUUCAAGAACUAACACUGACCUCAGGUCCAAUGGGCCUAACCAGAUCAUGUGACAUAACACAUGAUUCGCCGGCUAUUGUUUUCAGCGCUGGAGGUUACACCGGAAACAUCUAUCACGAUUUCAUGGAUGGUUUCAUUCCGCUUUUCAUCACGGCCAAUGUGAUCUACCCCGACCGCGAUGUCAUCCUCGUGGUAGCUAAUCCUAGGGAAUGGUGGAUGCCGAAAUACAUGGAAGUUUUAGGUGCGUUUAGCAAACACAAACCCAUAUUACUCGAGAAUGAAAAUGCGUCUGUUACACAUUGUUUCACUUCAGCUACCGUGGGUCUAAUCUCACAUGGGCCUAAAGCAAUAAACUCGACCCGACUACCCAAUUCAAAAUCAUUAGAGGACUUUCACAACCUUCUAGACAAAGCCUUCAACACAAAUAUACCCACUUUCAAAAUCCAAAAGCCUCGUCUCAUAUUGAUCAGUCGAUAUGGCAACAUUGGUAGGGUGAUAUUAAACGAGGAGAAGGUCAAAGAGAUGCUUGAAAACGUUGGGUUCGAGGUAAUCACAUUUAGACCAACGGGAACGACGAGCAUGAGAGAAGCGUAUGAACUUAUAAAGUCGAGUCAUGGGAUGGUCGGGGUUCAUGGUGCAGCAUUAACCCAUUUGUUGUUUCUUAGACCCGGUUCGGUUUUCGUUCAGGUUGUUCCCGUUGGAGUAGGUUGGGUGGCUAAUUGUUACGGAUCGCCUGCUAAAGCAAUGAAGUUGGAGUAUAUGGAGUAUUCUAUUGAUGUGGAAGAAAGUAGUUUGGUAGAGAAGUAUAGUAGAGAUGAUUUGGUUUUGAAAGAUCCUAUUGCUUUUAGCAGGAAGGAUUGGGGUGUGACUAAAAAAGUUUAUCUAAAAGAACAAGAUGUUAGAUUAGAUGUGAACCGGUUUAGGAAUCAUAUGAAUAAAGCGUACGAGAAAGCUAAACUGUUUAUGGAUUUAAACGGUUGAGUUGAUUAUACGUUUAUGUUUAUCGUAAUGGUUUGUAAUAUCUGAGUACAAAAUGUCUUUUAUAUAUACAUUUAUCCAUUUAUUUGAUGGUCAGUUCUACGUUUAUUAUACGUUGAAUGAAUACAUUUAUCCAUUAUUUGAUGGUGAGUUGAUUAUACGUUUACGUUUAUUAUACGUUGAAUGAAUAUACGUAUAUUCUUAUAAAUUAAUAAUGAAUCACAAAUAUGAUUCAGCCCAAGAAGGCAAAAUCAAAAUAUGAUUUGAAUAAAAGUGAACCAAAACUAAAUUGAAAUUCAGAUUUAGCAUCGUUUGGCCAAACAUGAAGCUGUUGUUUUGAAAUCAUUUGUAGUCCUCUGCUGAGCUAAGAUGGUCCAAUGAUUGUCUAAAUUCAUAUUUGAUUCAGUACUUGACUAACAUGAUUUAUGAGUUUCAUUAUGUGUCUUGUGUUCAUAAGCUUUGUUAUUUAUUGAGUUUUAAUAUUUUGGGGGCUAAUGAACCUGUUUUGUUUCACGGUUACUCAAUUAUCACAAGUUUCUAUGGAUGGAAACUCAGGCAAAUUACAAUUUCAGAAGGUAUAUAUUCUUCCAUGUUGGAAUCUUUUGUGUUAAAUUAAGCUUUAGAAUGUAAUGUAAAAGCAAGAUUCAAGAUUUUGUACAUGAGGAAAUGCACAGUUACGUGUAUACAUUUUGGCUAUUCUGAUACUAGUUAAAUUGUGGAUGAAGUUUAUCAUUGUAAUUAACAAUGAAGUUUAUUAUUGUAAUAACAAUGCUUGUACACUCUUAACAUGUUUACCAAAAAAAAAACAAUGCUUGUACAAAAAUGGAAUCUUUCAUUGGAGAUGGUACCGUAUAAAUCCUGAUUAUGACAAAUCAGUUUGGUGCAUUUAUAACAUUAAGUAGAUUGUACCACAAAUCACUCAUAAAUAGCCACAAAAUUAAAGAACAAUCAUCCCCUUCAUACACAUUACAAAAGCUUAGAACUGUCAAGAACAAACACAAAGCUUGUCCAAUUUUGUCAAACACUAAACAAGAUUCAAUAUACAAACUUGCUUUAUCAUACAAAAAGCCCCAAACUUUUCAAACACUGACCUUUAAAACCUCCACGAUCAUCAUCAUUAAUCAGAAAUUGCUGUAAGCUACA